GGACAGGGAGCGAGAGAGAUAGAGAGGGAGGGAUGUUGACUUUUCCGACAACACACCAAAUCUUGUCAACCUGUGGACAGGCCGCGCACGCCCCCUCCCUGCCUCCCUACCUCCCUCCCUCCCUACACUUGUGCCACCGCCCCAGCCCUCGCACUUGCCACGGAGCCGCGAAGUCUAGGGAGGGGGGGGGGCCAAAUUGCGAGAUCGCACCGGAGGGAGUGCGAGCAAGAAAGUUGAAGCGUCCGUGCGCCAGCCGUCCCCGCUUAGUGAAUGGCCCCGUCAUGGAGGCGAUGCCUUUGCCGAGAGUCAAGAGCCGGCGGAGAAAGGCGCGCUGCCCGGCCACCGCACCGCUGGACGCCUUCGUGUGCGAGGACGAGUUCAACAGCCAUGAGCUGGAGGCUCUUUUCCAAAACUACAACCUGAAGCUGGAGCAGACGGCCACCCUCAAGGCGCUGGCGGUGCUGAUCGUGGCCGCGUCGUCACUGUCCCUCGUGGAGCUGCUCUCCAACCCGCGUCUCAGCCUCUCCAAGGGCUCCAACCCGGUGCACUGCGUGGUUUUCCUUUCGCUCUUCAUCGUCACCAACGUGAAAUACCUGCAGGUGACGCAGCUGCAGCAAACUGCCAAGCUGGCCCUACUCUUCAGCUUCACCUUCGCGCUGCUCUGCUGCCCGUUCCCGCUGGCCUCUGCCGCGUCGGAGCCGGCGGCGGCGGGCGCCCCCGCGCCCGAGCAAGGCGUGUGGCAGCUCAUGCUGGUCACGCUGGUGGCUUACGUGUUGCUGCCGGUGCGGACUCUGCUGGCGGUGCUCUUCGGCGUCAUGCUGGCUACGUCCCACUUUAUUGUCAUCUCCACGUCCGUCAGCAGGAGGGCGCGGGAGCUGUGGAGACCGUUGGCGGCCAAUGCGGUACUUUUCGGCAGCGUCAACUUGCUGGGGGUGUUUGUGCGCAUUCUGACCGAGCGCACGCAGAGGAAAGUCUUCCUGCAGGCCCGCAACAGCAUUGAGGAGCGGCUGAGACUGGAGGACGAAAACGAGAAACAGGAGCGUCUCCUAAUGAGUCUGCUGCCCAGAAACGUUGCCAUGGAGAUGAAGGAGGACUUUCUCAAACCCCCCGAGAGGAUCUUUCACAAGAUCUACAUUCAACGUCACGACAAUGUCAGCAUACUGUUUGCAGAUAUCGUGGGCUUCACCAGCUUGGCUUCUCAGUGCACAGCACAGGAAUUGGUCAAGCUGCUCAACGAGCUCUUUGGGAAGUUUGAUGAACUUGCUACAGAGAACCACUGCAGGCGAAUAAAGAUCCUGGGGGACUGUUAUUACUGCGUGUCGGGACUGACCCAACCCAAGGCUGACCACGCCCACUGCUGUGUAGAGAUGGGCCUUGACAUGAUUGACACCAUAGCGUCAGUGGUGGAGGCGACCGAGGUGGACUUGAACAUGCGCGUUGGCCUGCACACGGGACGAGUGCUGUGUGGCGUGCUGGGCCUCCGGAAAUGGCAGUACGACGUCUGGUCAAACGACGUGACUUUGGCUAACGUGAUGGAGGCUGGGGGGCUGCCUGGUAAGGUCCACAUAACAAAGACCACCCUGGAGUGUUUGAACGGCGACUACGAGGUGGAACCCGGCUUUGGCCACAAGCGACACGCCUUCCUUCAGAAACAUCACAUCGAGACAUUUUUCAUUGUGCCGUCGCACAGGCGCAAAAUCUUUCCUGGUUUGAUUCUGUCCGACAUCAAACCAGCCAAGAGGAUGAAGUUCAAGACGGUGUGCUACCUGCUUGUUCAACUCAUGCACUGCAGGAAGAUGUUCAAGGCGGAGAUCCCCUUCUCCAAUGUCAUGACCUGUGAGGAUGAUGACAAGCGGAGAGCUUUAAGGACGGCGUCCGAGAAGCUGCGCAGUCGGACGUCUUUCUCAGCGGCCGCUGUCCAGCACUCGCCUGGAACUCGAGUCAACCGCUACAUCGGCCGCCUCAUUGAAGCUCGCCAGACCGAGUCGGGGACGUCCGACCUCAAUUACCUGACCUUGUUCUUUCGGAAUAGAGACAGGGAGCGCAGGUAUAACCAGAUGUGUGACGAUCAUUUCAUCGGCGCAGUGGUUGUCUCUCUGAUCCUGGCGGCGUUUUUUGGCCUCAUCUAUCUCUUAAUGAUCCCGCAGGCCUUGCCGGUUUUGCUUCUGCUGGUGUUCUGCGUCUGUUUUCACGUGGCCUGCGUCAUGUACCUGCACCUCACCAGUCUUCAGUGCCAACCGGGCUGCCUGACCAUCCAGAUACGGACGCUUGUGUGCGUCUUCCUUGUUUUGCUCUCGUAUUCGGUCGCACAGGCCAGCAUGUUGGGCUUUAUUCCGUGGGGUCGCGUUCAAGUCAGCUCCAACAAUUCUCCCGACGACGCGUUUGCUGUCGAAGCACUCAACAUCACGAUCGCAAAUGGAGCAGAGUGUCGUCACUGCCCAAGAUUCUGCUGCUGCUCCUCCUGUCUGUCACCUACACCGUCAUGGUGGAGACCAGCGGCUAUCGGCAAGCUGUCGGGUAAGACUCAAAGUGCAUUGGGUGCUGGUCGGAUCCGUGCGUGGGAUCCAUCCUACCGUGCCGGUGGAACGUGUGCUCUGUUUUUCAGCGGUGGCUUUCUCCACACUCGAGCUUCUGAUCCCGUGUUGGCCGUCUUGCUGUUCUCUGGUGCGCUGGCUCUCCACUCAAGGCAGCUCGACCUCAAGCUGCGUCUUGACUACCUGUGGGCAACUCAGGCAGAAGAGGAGAGAGAUGACAUGGAGAAAGUGAAACUGGACAACAAGAGAAUCCUGUUCAACCUGCUGCCGGCACACGUGGCUCAACACUUCCUCAUGUCCAACCCCAGGAACAUGGACCUGUAUUACCAGUCCUAUGCUCAGGUUGGAGUACUGUUUGCUUCCAUUGCCAACUUCAAUGACUUCUACAUCGAACUGGAUGGAAACAACAUGGGCGUCGAAUGUCUCAGGCUGCUCAAUGAGAUCAUUGCUGAUUUUGAUGAGCUGAUGGAUAAAGAGUGCUACAGAGAUAUUGAGAAAAUCAAGACAAUUGGCAGCACUUACAUGGCUGCCGUGGGGCUCGUUCCUACAACUGGCUCAAAGAAUUCCAUCACCUCACAUCUAUGCACAGUAGCAGAUUUUGCCAUUGAGAUGUUCGAUGUCCUGGAUGCAAUUAACUAUCAGUCUUACAAUGACUUUGUCCUUCGAGUGGGAAUCAACGUGGGUCCAGUGGUGGCAGGAGUCAUUGGGGCCAGGCGGCCUCAGUAUGACAUCUGGGGCAACACUGUCAAUGUAGCAAGCAGAAUGGAUAGCACUGGAGUCCAAGGCAAAAUACAGGUGACAGAAGAUGUCUACCGUCUCAUCGCAAACCACUAUAACUUUGUUUGCCGGGGCCAAGUCAGCGUCAAGGGCAAAGGUCAGAUGCUGACAUACUUCCUGGAAGAGCGGAAGCAAGACUGCGGCCCGUCUCAAUCCCUCCAGCAGCAGCGCCGCAACACAGAGCAGCGCUUAAGCACCUUUGGCCAAGGGAAUGUUCGCACCAGGUUGAGCCCGGCGCCGACGCUCGCCACCUACGGUACGGUCAGGACCCCCGGCCCCUGCGUGGCCAAAGCAACGAGCUCCGCCGGCACCAUGAGGUACCUGCCGUCCGUCCCUGUGGCAGUCGUGUGACGUCUCCAGAGUGGCAGUUGGAAAUGGGAGCAAAAUGAGGGCGGAGACGUCCUCACGGACUCGAGCCUGCACUGCGUUGGCCUCGAAUGGAGCUCAAGUCCAGUUUGUUGCUUGACGCCACCAUGCAGGAGGCUCGUCGUCAAAAGCCAAGGAUGCGUCCGGGAUUUCCGUGGAAACGCCUCCAUGUGUCGAAUCCACCGAAUCAGCAUCAAAACAUGCAGCGAUCCUCGUGUAGCACGCAACAAAUUCCUUUAAGCGCAUGAGCCCACCCACAGUCUCAAACCAAAUCAGUGAGAUUUGCCUUAGCGGCUUUUUGAUGUUGACUUUUAUAGAUGACGCUUUUACUGCCGCGGCAUCACCGGCAACGAGACACGGUGUAUAGUUUUGAGUCGACGGAGCCAAAUGUGUAAUUAUGCUGAUCAACUUGCCAAAAUGCAACAGGGCAAGGCCUUUAAUUGUUUGUAGCUGAUCGUAAACCUCAUAUGACACACGAGGUGAUUUCAUUUUUGGGGCCUGAGCUGCUAAGUGCAUGUAGCCGCCGCCGCUGCGUUCCGCUCACGUUGCCGGUUGUUUGCCUGUGAUGCUUGAUUUCCAGAUCCUUCCUUGUCCAAGUGUAGCAAUAAGAUGCUCGGUGUCCUCUUGCAACAUUCUCACCUUUGCAUGCCGGAUCCUGGUUCGAUUUUGCUCGUAGAAUGUGCGUAGUUAGCCUCGCCAGUCUCCGGCGUACCUCUGCCCAGUUGAAGCAUCACUUUGAAAGCCUGUUUUCCAUGUCACGGUGAGCGCGACUCGUAGCUAAUGGAAAUAGAACAAAAAGAAUCUGUGGAUUUAUUUAUUUAUUGAGUAAUAUUUUUAUCGUUUAAUAGUGGUCUAUUUUUACAAUCUAAAAUAUGCUUUCAUAUGUCAAAUAAAAUGUCUGUUUAUAAGGAGUGAGUCAGAAAAGCUGCAUGUCUUCCUCAUGCUGACAAGUUCAGAUUCUUUUGUGGGAUAGCAUGCUACACGCUAAUAAAGAAAGAGCCGCGGCCCGUGAUGCGUGUGCAUCGAUGGAAGCUGCUGUGGCCAACACGUGGAAUUGACGUGCAGGUUCUCUCCGGGUAGCGGAACUCUCGAAUGUAAGGUGCUUUCUCGACUUGUGUCUUCUUCAAAAGCUCGCUGUACAACAUUUCAGGAUAGUUGGACGUGACGUGUUGAGGUGGUGUGGGGGGCGGGUCCUCCUCCCUGCCCCUGCCCCUGCUCUUUCCCACCACAGUCAAUUGGUUUGUAACGUGCCAACCUAUUUUCAUAAACAUAUCAAACUUGGUGUUGAGCUGUAGCACAAUGAAUGUGUGCCUGCGGUUACGUGCAUGCGGACGUUCUCGGUUGAAUGGUUUCAUUUCGAUUCUUUGCGCCGUUAAUGAGCAGUGUUUUUUUUCCUUGUCUCAAACGGGACAUGAGCAAGACGAUGUCGUGCUUACGACGUUGAAAUUGUUUGACUGGCAAUGCUUGCUUUACCUUUUUCAAAACGGUGAUGACUUUUAUAUGAUCCUUUCAAGUCGAUGGCCAGUGGUUGUGUACGACGUCCCUGUAAAUUGCUUAUUUUGAUACUGGAUGCCAUUGUCGUAUGCAGGUCUUUCUCGCUAUUGUACAUUGUCGUCUUUUUCACAACUAAAACUUUUGUUGACAAUCUCCAGAUGUUUUAUGUGAAUUGAAAGGACAUACUUUGUAUCCGUGUUUACAUUUGAAUGACAUUAAAGUAUUGUGAAUGUGAAAAUAAAGCAAGAGAGAAUUGCGUCA